GUCACUCUGGCUGAGGAGCUUCACUGACCUGCUGCAGGAUGUCCAAAGCCUCCAGGUUGGCCCGGCCCUCCACCUCCUCCUCCAUAGGGGCCGGAUCCAGGCUGCCCUCCCCCAGGAAGGAGUCAGCCGGUCGAGCCCGGGUGCUGAGCGUGGGGGAGAAGCUGAUGAGGGCCGGUAGCGAUGGGAUCCUGAGCCGACAGAAGUCUUUUAAGGGCGCCGUGCCUCAGAGCGAGACUCAGGCCGAGGCCCCCGGGCAGAGUCCAGGAGACAAGGGCCAAAACAUGGAGAUGCUCCCCCCCAAGAGCAAGAUCAGCCCACCUAAAGCCUCCAGUCAGCAGCAAGGCUCAAUGCACAAACCAACCAAAAGCAACCUGAAGGUAACCUCCCCGGAGGACGCCCAGCACGUCAGCCGCAGACAGGCCUCCCCAAAUGGGACAAAAGGGGACGCUAAAGGCAGCCGGACCGUCCCACGGAGACACACUUUAGGGGGGGCCAGAGGCUCCCGGGAGAUCCUAGCUAUGCAGCCGCCGGAGAUGGACAAGAAGCGGGAGGCCUUCCUGGAGCACCUGAAGCAGAAAUACCCCCAUCAUGCGUCAGCGAUCAUGGGCCACCAGGAGAGGCUGAGAGAACAGAGCAGAAGCCCGAAGCACGGCCCCAGCAGCGUCGGAGACCCGGCGGACCACCUCUCCCUGGCCUCCCUGGAGUCACUGGACACCAUGUCUGAGGCCGACUCCCCCACAGCCUUCACCCGCGGCAGCCGGGUUCGAGCUAGCCUGCCAGUGGUGCGAUCGACCAAUCAGACGAGGGACCGCUCGCUAGGUGUGCUGUACCUGCAGUACGGAGACGAGACCAAACAGAUCCGCAUGCCUAACGAGAUCACGAGCAUCGACACCAUCAGAGCUCUGUUCGUCAGUGCCUUCGGCGCGCAGCUCAACAUGAAGAUGCUGGAGUCGCCCAGCGUUGCUGUCUACGUCAAAGACGACAUGAGGAACGUGUACUACGAGCUCACCGACGUCAGGAACAUCACGGAUCACUCCUGCCUGAAGGUGUACCACAAGGACCCGGCACAGGCCUUCAGCCAUGGGCCCAGACCUGCUAACGGAGACGCCAGGAUGCACAGCGAGAUGGUGCAUGCAAGUCGUGACGGCCCUCACCCUAUGAGACAGCCGCCCAUGGGCCCCCCACCACACCACCCCAUACAGGGAGCACUUCCCCCGACCCCCCACUCCAUGCCCCCAUCCCCCUCCAGAAUCCCCUUCGGCCCGCGGCAGGGCCCCAUACCUGGAAACGGCACCAUCCCGAGAGAACGUAUUCCUAAUGCCAACCCUCAGGCCCGCUCCAUCUCCCCCUGCCCCAGCGCCAUCCUAGAGAGACGGGAUGUCAAACCGGAUGAGGACAGGGGGGGUAAGAGCCACAGUCUGUCCAGGGGGAAUGAGGGGUUGUACGCGGAUCCAUACUUGCUGCAAGAUGGAAGGAUGUCCAUGGCUCACGGACCGCACCCCAGUCCCGGCGAUGUUCCAGAUCACGGCAUGGGGGGAUUCCACCGAGCCUCCAUCCGCUCCACAGGCUCUUACAGCGGGCCCAGCCCCACAGACAGUAUGGACCACCCCUCCCUGUACAGGCAGAAGUCCAGAAACAGCCAGCUGCCGACCCUGGGCUCCAAGACUCCUCCACCUUCCCCUCACCGGAUGGCUGAGGUACGGCUGAUUGACAUCCAUGGCGGGCAUCCUCACGGCAUGCCACCUCAUGGCCCGCCUCCUCAUGGGAUGCCUCCUCAUGGGAUGCCUCCUCAUGGGAUGCCUCCUCAUGGGAUGGCUCUUCACGGCAUGCCACCUCAUGGGAUGCCUCCUCAUGGGAUGCCUCCUCAUGGUGUUCCUCCUCAUGGCGUUCCUCCUCAUGGCGUUCCUCCUCAUGGCGUUCCCAUGGAGAGAAGCUCACCUGUGCGCCAGUCCUUCAGGAAGGAGGAAGUCGGAGGAACCAAGCCUCGAAACAUGGGAUCCCCUGUGGUGUCUGAUAUCCAGGGCCACCUCCAGGGGCCCAUCCCACCUGCAAAUGAGCACCACACACGAGUGCGAAUGAAGGCUAUGGAGCAACAGAUUGCCAGCUUGACUGGUCUUGUUCAGCAUGCACUUUUAAAGGAGCCAAACACUAGUGGCAGCAAGGAGCUACUAAGUGAGAGACCUCCGAAGACUUCAUCUCCAGCCCACAGCGCACACAGCUCAGGUGGCUCCCCUGUCUUGGCUCCUAAGAGUGGAGCAGCUCCUUCAAACAGGAGCCCAGUUCCUCUCAAAGUCAAUCUCCUGCAGUUCAGGAAGAAUGUGUCCGACCUCAGGAUGCAACUGCAUCAGAUGAGGCAGCAACAGCUCCAGAACCAGGAGGCACUUCGGGUCCAGCUGAGGCGUGCCGAGCAGGAGAUCAGCGUCAAACUUGCCGAGGCCAUGCGGGGUCUGGAGGAUCCUGUGCAGAGGCAGAGAGCCCUGGUGGAAGAGGACCGGCACAAGUACCUGGGUCUGGAGGAGCGGGUCCUCUCACAACUCGGAGAUCUGGAGCAGUACGUGGGCUCUCUGCAGAAGGACUCUGCCGCGGCACAAAGAGUUGUGACCCUGAAGGACGUGGAGGAGGGAGCAAUAACUCUGAGGAAGGUGGGGGAGUCCCUGGCAGGGCUCAAAGGAGAGUUUCCAGCCCUGCAGACCAGAAUGCGCUCCGUGCUCAGGGUGGAAGUGGAGGCGGUGAAGUUCCUGAAAGAGGAGCCUCACAAGCUGGACAGCAUGCUGAAGAGAGUCAAGAGCCUGACGGACACACUCAGCGGUCUGAGGAGAUGUGCUUCUGGGGGCACUCAAAAAGGACCUGAUCCCCCUGCUAACGUCCCUGUGGAGAACAGCCCUUCAGUACCUGCAGAGGCCCCUCCGGAGCCCCAGAGCUCCACCAUCAAAUCCGAGGUGAUGCCUUCCUCCCCUGUGAUCAUCCAUCAUGUGCAGAGCUCCCCGGUGCUGAUCCAGCAGUCCCAGCAGUCUGCCGCCUUGACGGUUCAGCCCAGUCCUCCACUCAGCCCCAGCCCCUCACACACCCCGAGUCCCAACCCGGGCAAGAGCCAGGGCCGGGAGUCUCCCAAGGGGGCCGCCUCGGAUCCACCGAGUCCUGCCCGUCUUAAGAAGACACAGGGGACCCCGGUGAAUAACGGAAACGGCCCUGCCAGCCCGGGACUCGUCAUAGAGGAGCUGCAGAACAGCCAGGGCAAGAACAAGACCAGAGCCAUGUCCAUAGAGGCAGCAGAGAAGGAGUGGGAGGAGCGGAGGCAGAACAUGGGUCACUAUGAUGGGAAAGAGUUUGAGAAGAUCCUCCUGGAGGCGCAGGCCAACAUGAUGAAGGGCAUUCCCAGUCUGGAGGUGGAGGAGAACCCAGCUCUGCCCCCCACUGCCGCUGCAGAACCGGCAGACACCCCCAACCCUGUGGAGUCACCAACAGAAGAGCCUCAGUCCGACAAACCGGAGAAGAAGGCUCCUGAGAAAUUCCCGAAGCCUGUGAUGGAGAAACCAGCCAAACCUGCACUGGAGAGACCCCCCAAGACCGCUGCAAAGCCAGCAUCUCCGGACUCUUUUACAAAGCAGGGGUGUGAGAAGACCAGCAAGUCCCCACCACCACCUCCUCCCCCGAGGAAGACCUUCUCCACCAGCUCCAGCUCAGGCAUGACCACCACUCGCUCCGGAGAGGUGGUCUUCACCAGCAGGAAGGAUUCCGUCUCCGCACAGGAGGAGGAAGAGGACACUCCACCUCCCAGCCCCCAACCCAUACCCAACAAGGUUCCUCCAGAGACGAAGCCGAAGCCGGCUACUCCGCCCCCCAUCACUGUUCCUGCUCCCAGAGAAGAGGAGGACGAAGGGGACAAAAUCAUGGCUGAACUUCAGGUGUUCCAGAAGUGCACAGUUAAGGAGGUAGGGGUGAAAAAUGUGGUAGAACCCCCCCCUCGAAUUGAUCCGCAAAUCAGAGAGCUGAGGCCCUUAUUGCCUCUCAAAGAGAAAAAGCAGAGCUCAGAAUCCACACGGGAGGACAAAGAUCCCGACACAGAUGAAAAUGGGAACACCACUGUCCGCCCGAGCCAAGGGGUCAUUUACUAUGUGACCGGCCAGAUUCCCAAAGAGCAUCCAACGCUGUCCGGAACGGAGGAAAUCCACGACCACCGGGAGCCUCCAUCACAGGUGUCAUAUGUCAAUGUUAACGACAAUUCUCCAAGCCACCAGCAGCAGCAGCAGCUACCAUCUUCACCGCCCAAAUCGCCUGUAACUCCUCCUCCGAUAUCCCCCAAACCUGUGGGGCUGAAAGCAUUCAAACUUCCAAGGAAGCAAAUGAAACGCUCCGAGUCCUUAAAGAGCAGCGCAGAAAUGCAGAAGGGGAAAAUCCUCAACAAAAUCAACACUGAGAAGAAAAGUAAAUCCAUCCAGCAGCAUGUCUCUUCCAGUAAGAGUAUCAUACCUGAGCCAGUGGCCACCACAACAUUCAGAACCCUUAAAGAGGCGCCUAAAAGUUCUCUAAAAAAGGCUCAGAACUGCUUGGAUUUCAACGAGGAGGCCAGUCUGAGCCCUGACUUACCUGGAGAAGAGGCUCCUCCUCCCCCUGAAAACAUGGCAUUCAUGAUCACCAACACCAAGGUGCAGGCCCUGUCCUGUGGCGAGUACCAGGACCUGGUCAACGCCAAGAAAGGAAGCGUGCAGACUGUGACUGUAGGUAGCGCCACCAACCAAGGGAACGCCUCAAUGGAUCCCAAUUUCCUUCAGGAUAAAGGCUACAACAAGAAGCCCGUCAUCAUAAUUUUUGACGAGCCCAUCGACAUCCGUUCGGCGUACAAACGCCUGUCCACCAUCUUCGAAGGUGAGGAGGAGCUGGACAGGAUGCUGGCGGCCGAGUGCAUUGAGGAGGAGAGCGAGGAGUCGGACUCGGAGAAGGGUAGCGGGCGGCAGGCUAAAGCAGGAGGGAGCGAGGUGGUGGACGGCAAAGACGUUGGCGCUUCACAGGUCAACGCUGAACACGUUAGCUUAUCGUCCUCGUCUUCCUCCAUCUCAGAGUCAAAUGGCGACGCCAAGACGGACGGUAAGAAGAAGUUCAAGUUUAAGUUCCCUAAGAAGCAGCUGGCGGCAUUCACCCAGGCAAUCCGCACCGGCACCAAGCCCGGCAAGAAGACCCUACAGGUGGUGGUGUACGAAGACGAGGAGGAAUCGGACGGCACCAUCAAGCAGCACAAGGAAGCCAAGAGAUUUGAGAUCACACGCUCCAAAUCCCUGGCGGAAACUCCCAAGGCGAUGGUGCUAAAGAGGCAGAACUCGGACUCGCUCUACAGGACGGACGAGAUCCGAAAGAACACCUACAAGACGAUGGACAGCCUGGAGCAGACCAUCAAGCAGCUGGAGAACACCAUCAGCGAGAUGGGGCCGUGCUCCCCCGGGGAGUCGAGCUUCACAGAGGAAGCUAAGACGGGGAAUGGGAAAAGCUCGGAAGGAGCGGGGCUGAAGAGGUCUUCCUCUCUGCCCACCUCCAGAGGGUCCGGCCCUAAGGUACCCAGCAAAAGCAUCCUGGUGAAGAAGACUAAACCCCAGCUCCUCCCUCGCCCUGUAGUCGUCCCUACUACCAGCACCACCACUGCCCCCAGUGCCCCCAGCACCGUGCAACAGAACACCAGUGUCGCGUCCCCUACUAGUCGGAUGCCCGUCCCUUUGUCUGCGAAGUCCAGGCAGUCGCCGGGUACUACUGACAAAGCAGGAAAACAGCAAAAACUGCAGGACGCUCAGAGGCAGUUCCGACAGGCUAACGGAAGUGCUAAAAGAGUGGGAGGGGAUCAUAAAACUACUUCCCCUACUGUUCCCACCUCUAAAAUCCCCGCUUUUUAUCCUAGCUCUACUAAAGGCAGCCCCCAGUCUGCACCAAACUCAGAUGCUACUAAUCCUAUUAACCCUUCCUCUGCGACAAAACCCUCCAUCCUGUCCUCUCCUCUUCCUCGCUCCGGUUCCCAACCCUCCUCCCACAUCCCCUCCCUGUCUAACGGAUCCCUCAAACUCCCCUCGCAGCACCCAGGUAAAACUCUUUCGUUCUCCUCGCAGAAUGGUCGAGUGCACUCCUCCUCUUCCUCUUCAUUCUCCUCCUCCUCCUCAUCAUCCUCCUCCCCCUCCCCUCUGUCGCCCACACCUUUGGGCCCGGUGGGAAAGAGCAUCCGUACCAUACACACUCCCAGCUUCACCAGCUACAGGGCCCACAACGGCAGCAGCAGCAACGGCAAAUCCUGCAUCCCAACGUCCGCCGCCGCCCCUAAGGACGCUUCCUAAGCCCCGUUACAUCGCCCAGUGGUCUGAUUACACCCCCGGUGGUCUGAUUACACCCCCAGUGGUCGGGUUGCAGCUCAAACAGUUCUGUUGUGGACUUGGAAAUGUUGAGGACCCCCAGAUUUUAUCAUAUAAAUGUAUAGUAGGGGUCUCCAGCACAUAGACAAUGCAGGAUGCUAACUUGCAUAUGUUGCGCAAUUUGCACAAACACAAGUUGCAUUAGUUAGCAUUAUAGCUUAUAUUGACUAGUUAAAUAUUGAAAUUGCUUAGCCAAUUUGGACUUUUGGGGGUUAUUGAGCAUGCCUUUCAGUCCCUUUCUGACAUUUUCAGGAUCAACAGUGGCACCUUUAACCAGAAAAUGGCCAAAUGUGUACUCUCGGUGGGCUGAUUUUGAUUAAUUUUGGGUCAAUUUGGAAGAUUAAGUAGACUCUGGAUCAUUAGGAUUGGACAUAUUGCUUAUCUAUUUGGUCCACAGUAGAGGUAAUCAUUUCCAUCUUGCUCUCUCUAUGUCCAAUGGUUGCAACACUAGUCAUAAUUAAUGCUAAUUAACGCAAUUGCCCAUCAUAUGCAAGUUAGCAUCCAGCAGUUUCUAUGUUCUGGAGACCUGUACUAUCCAUUUCUUGUCCAAAACCUUUGGGUCCUCAUCAUUUCAGGGAUCACAGUGCUGGCAACUAAACCACAUGUGGCUUUAUCCGGUAGAGCCAGUCAUGUUUUGAUUUAUGCAUAGUCAUGGUUUGCUGUUUUUGAACAUUGGUGUAUAAAAGUAUUAAGUGAUGCACUCCCCACUUCCUGUUUUAUUUGACACUGGCAUUCUCGCACCAAUCUCCUUUAAAAUCUCCAGUUUUUACUGUUGAAGAAGACUAUUUUAUAACUAAAAAAAUGUCCCCACUUAGUGGAGAGGAAGUGGAAGACUUUAAUGGUGGUUAAAAAAAAUCUAUUUUUCUUGCUGUAGCUUUGAAUAGGGAAUCUAGAGUGGAUGUACAAUCACCGUGUAAAAAAGUGUUGUUUUAUUUUUCAAAGCAGAGAUUGAAUAGUAUAUUUAAUCUAUAUGUUGCCGGACAUUAAAACACAGCCCUUGUAAAUGCCUUUUUUCUGAGAAGCAUUAUUAAGUUCUAUUUUCUAAGAGUGUUUCCACCCAUAUGAACUGCCAAUUUGUUUUACAGAUGGUAUCAUAAAUAAGACAGGUUUUAUUUCAGUGUGCCUCUUUGCCAAAGUUGUUGUAAAAUGACUCUCUUCAAUCCUCCCAGGAUUCACUCUCCUGCGUGAGACUUUAAAGACCUCAGCGUUGUUCUGCUGGUCCCGGUUUGUUAAGUUAACAUGUCUCGUUGUCUAAAUGUACUAACGUGAAUCUACCACAUGUACAUAGAAGCUUCUACUAAGAAAAACAAGUAGUUUUGUUAACAUACCAAAGUUUAUUUGUAUGCAUGCCUUUCAAAUACUUUAGGAGAGUGGCGUUAAAAGAAGAAUUAUGUUUGCACAGAUAGAUUUUGUAAAUAUCUGGUUUUCUCUCUUUUUUUUGUAAAGCUUUAAAUCAUAUUAAGGAGCAAUGUGGUAAAGACAAAAAAACUGUGUUGGAGUAGCAAAAUAAAGAACUGCAUGCUUGUUA